CCGGGAUUUUCCCAACCAUCCAUUAGGGUCCGGCAUCUUACGGACUUUAUUCUUUAUAAGCAAAACAAAGAUGGCGCCUGAGGCAUGCGUAAAAAAUUAGAAUUUGGUUUUGCAUAGGUUAAAGAAACAAAAUGUCUGAAGACACCAGCACAACAGCAACGCCUAUGGACACAACAGAUAUAACUGAUGACAGUUCAGAAAUGUUAGCCAGCAGUCAUUUUGCUACUAAGCCAGAUGGUAGCCUUAUUGAUCCUGUUAAUUCUGAGGGAGAUUGUUUAGUCAGUGAAUUAGCAAUGCCUGAUGGGACAUCUCCUCAGGACCCUCCAGAUUCUGUACCUCAGCCUGCAGCAUCUAGGGAUCCCGUUGAACCAGCGGUGACCGGAGAUGACAGUCACACUACUGUUCCGAGGUUUACUCUAGGUGGAGAAAGUGCAGGAAUUGAAGGGGAGGUUGUAGAUGGUCAAAUGGUUGAUCCUAAAAGGGAGGAAUCAUUGACACCAGUGAAAGAUCAUUUUGAUGUUCCUAAAAGUUUGCCAGAAUCAGGUAUGGUGACACCUGCCAGUCAAAGUGACCAGUCAUUAACAUGCUCCAGCUCAGAGAAGGGUACACCUAACACAAGAUUUAAGCUUGGUGAUCUCCGGCAUUUAGACUACGACAGUAUGUCAUCAUCAUCGGGCUCUGUUAAAAACCUUCAGCUGCCACAGCGGUUAGGCAUCAGCUGGAGAAAAGGUGAACGAUUAGAGGCCAUGGAUUACCUCAAUUCUUGGUUUCCUGCAAAGAUUCGUUCAAUUAAUGAAGAUGAUAUGAAGGUGCUAAUACAUUUUGAUGGCUGGAAUCAGAGAUAUGAUGAAUGGAUUGACAUGUCAUCAGAUCGUAUCAGACCCCUGGUGAGACACUCCGAACGCAAAGAGAGAAGUAAACGAGCUAGAUCAACAUCGGGUUCAGGCCGGGGCUCUGCCAAAAAUGUUAGCAAAAAACCUCUCAAGGAGCACAAGAUAGGGGAUGCAGUAUAUGCCAAGUGGACAGAUUGUAAGAUGUACCCUGCCAAGAUAACUAAUAUAAUGCCAAAUGGAGCGUAUGAGGUUAUAUUUUAUGAUGGUUUCAAAAAACUUGUACAGCCUAUCAAUGUGAGAUCUAUGCCAAAAGAAUAUAGACAAAAGUCGUUUGAGAUCGAUCCUGUUCCAGAGGCUGUAUGUAAAAAGGCUAAACUGAAGCUGGACUGUACAGACCAUUCAUUAAGCCAACCAGAUAUUCAAGAUGUCAGGUCAGGUGAGAAGGUAAAGUUGGAAGCAGGUGGGGGGAGAGAAUCCUCCACAGACAGUGAGAAGAAACAGCCUAGAACAAAGAAGAGACGGCUGAUAGUACCGGGACUGUUCAGUGAUGCAUCAGUGACGGGCCUGGGAGAAUCUGUCACACCUGAUGUACAGAUCAAGUCAGAACCUGUAUCUACACAGACUGACUAUGGUGAAGGUAGUAAGAUUGACAAUAUAGGAGUGCCAGGAACCAGUGCUGGUCAAAUCAUGGGUCAACCCCAGGUGCCAACUCCAGUUGCACCUAUUGGAGUGCUCCCACCAAAAGCAUUUGUGGUGGAAUCGGAUCACAAUCAGUACAAGUGUCAGUACCAAGGCUGUAAUAAAAGCUUCAGGAAGGAACAUCUACUAGAUUAUCAUAUAAAAUACUAUCAUAUAAAUGGUGAUACCCCUCUACCAACACCUGCCAAAAGGAGAAGAAAAACAACUAGCACAUGUUCUACAGAGUCUGAGAGUAUUGUUGGUGGUAAGAAAUUGGCUGCAAAGAAGAACCGUAACUUUUCAGCAGAGGGUGCCAUGUUUAUGCCAGAUUUGAAGCAAGAAUUUCCUGAGGUACCAGAUAUCGAAGAAACAGGUGAGAUACCUACUCAAACAUCACAUAGUAAACACACGGAGUCCUAUGCCAGCGAUGAUUUUGUACAGGUAUAUGGUAUGAAACAAGACAGCCUGGAGGAGUCGAGUGUGACUGAUGCAGAAGAAUUCCUGAAACCAGAUGAGCUUGUCAAUUGUAUAUGUGACUUCCAGGAGGAGAAUGGUCUAAUGAUACAGUGUGAAGUGUGUAUGUGCUGGCAGCAUGCUGCAUGUUUUGGUAUAACAGAGAGGACUCUGCCAAAAACAUACAUCUGUUUUGUCUGUGAAAACCCACCUGGUGUUCGAGAGAGUAGCAAGUAUAUACAUGAGCAAGACUGGUUUAAGACUGGCGAGAUACCAUCAUUUAGUUUUCUACCAUUACCACCAAUGUCUGAGGAGAGAUGUAGUACAGUGAAGUCUACGCAUACACUAGUGGUGGAGUUACAGCAGCUUAAUGCUGUAUUACACAGCCUGAAACUCCAGCUUAAAGUUCUCAGAACAAAAGAUGAAUCAAAGUUGAAGAUGUGGAGAGCUGACUGGGAUGUAUUGGAGUCUGAGACUUUUGAAAGUUUUGCUUUGACAACAGAUGAUAAGAAUGGUUUUAUUAAAGAUGGUAUAAAAGCAGUGGAGAUAGCUGAGCCACAGGCUGGUUCCAGUAAAGAUUGUAUAAAGGAGCCACAGCCAGGUUCCAGUAAAGAUUAUUCCCAGGAGCCACAGCCAGGUUCCAGUAAAGAUUAUUCCAAGGAACCACAGCCUAGUUCCAGUAAAGAUUAUUCCCAGGAGCCACAGGCUGGUUCCAGUAAAGAUUAUUCCAAGGAGCCACAGCCUGGUUGCAGUAAAGAUUAUUCCAAGGAGCCACAGCCUGGCACCAGUAAAGAUUGUAUAAAUGUAGGAGAGACAGCUGUGCCAAUUGCUGGUUGCAGUAAAGAUUAUUCCAAGGAGCCACAGCCUGGUACCAGUAGAGAUGGUAUUAAUGCAGGGGAGACAGCCAUACCACAGGCUGGUUCCAGUAAAGAUUUUAUAAAUUCAGGGGAGACAGCUGUGCCACAGGCUGGUUCCAGUAAAGAUGGCAUAAAGGCAGAGGUAGGGGAAACAGGUGUGUCACAGGUUGAUUCAAGUAAUGGCGAUGUGAAGGCAGAAGAGACAGCUGUGUCAAAGGCUGGUUCCAGUAAAGAGUGUUUUGAAACAGAGGAAACAACUGUGCCACAGAAUGGUUCCAGUAAAGACAGUAUGGCGGUAGGGGAGAUAACUGUGCCACAAAAACAAAUUAUUAAAAUUGAAAAUGAAGAAGAAGUAAAAACAGAAAUUAAAGCAGAAACUUCUUGUGAUACAAAUAAAGUAAUUGAGACUGUGAAAACUGAAGAAGGUGUUAGUGAAGUUAAAGUUGAAGAUAAGGAAGAUGAAUCUCAAAGUUCUACAACAACUGGAGAUGUAUUGAACAAUCCUGUAAAAUCUGGUACAGAGGAGAAAGAAGUUCUGACUACAGAUAAUGGGCAUGAAGAAAUAAAGGAUGAAGCACAGUCUAUGAUGUUAGAAAACAAUACAGGUUUGGAGCAGGAAGUAAUAAUCAAGGUAGAGGAGACAGGUGAGGAGAAUCAUUCCGACAGUACAGAGAGUGUAAUAGAAGAUCCUAUAGAGGUGUGUGAGAGGAACCUGUUGAGUCAUAUACUUAGAGUACAAGCAGAGAUCAGUGAUAGGUUUGACAAAAUACAGGAACAGAUUGAAAUGUUGGAAGCUAUGGAGGCAAUGCAGAGUAGGAGAGAGCUACCUAACCCACAGAACGUGCUCAAUGAUAUGCCUCAACUUAAACGAUCAUUGAGAAACACGGAGAAUGAUCUUUGUAAAGUCAAGAAGAUGUCUGUGUUCCAUUAAUUAUAUCCUGAAUUUAAUUAGCCCGUUAAUUACUGUAUUGUCUCCAGUUAAUGCCCUCUUGAGCAUGCAUUUUUUCAAAAGCGGGCGCUAAUUAGAACUAUAAGAAUGUGCUGUAAAAUAUGUUUACUAUAGAUACAAGUCAAUUAUAACAAUCAUUAUUCAUUAUUAUGAUCUGAAAAACAAAUUUACAAUGCAGGUUUUUUUUUUUUAAUGAUUUAUAAAUCUAUCAGCCUAUAAUCAGGUAAGAUUGUUUUUAGUACAAAAUGUGGUGAGGGUGCACUAAUUAGAGGGAGAGGGGUGUUAAUUGGAAACAAUGAGGUGUAUGAUAAAUUUGAGGUUAAUGUUAUACUGGUUAAAGAUGUGAUUAUGAAAUGAAACUAUUCCAGAAAUAUAUUUGUUUUCCUUUUAUCCACCUACUUUGCAGAAGAACAUUGAUGUACAUGCAUUGUGUGACAGAGGGCAUUGUUUUGUUUUGUGUAUAUAUUAAAAGUUUUGUUUAGGGACCAAAUAAAGAUAAACAAAAGCAUUUUAAAAGUGCUAAUUUGUAUUUGAAUCUCUUUGUAAAUCUAUUUUUAGCUCACCUGUCACAAAGUGACAGGGUGAGCUUUUGUGAUCGCUUUUCGUCCGGCGUCCGUCCGUCCGGCGUCCGUCCGUCGUCCGUCCGUAAACUUUUGCUUUAAAUGACAUCUCCUCAUAAACCACUGAGCCAAUUUCAUCCAAACUUCACAGGAAUGUUCCUUUGGUGGUCACCUUUAAAAAUUGUUCAAAGAAUUUAAUUCCAUGCAGAACUCUGGUUGCCAUGGCAACCGAAAGAAAAAUCUUUAAAUAUCUUCUUUUAAACAACCCUAAGAGCUAGAGCUUAGAUAUUUGGCAUGAAACAUCUUCUAAUGAGUGUCUACCAAGUUUGUUCAAAUAAAAGCCCUGGGGUCAAAAUUGGCCCCGCCCCAGGGGGGUCAUUGAUUUUCCCUAUAUGCAUAUAGUAAAAACUUAAAAGAUCUUCUUUUAAAGAACUGUAAGAGCUAGAGCUAAGAUUUUUGGCAUGGAACAUCUUCUAGUGAGUGUCUACCAAGUUUGUUCAAAUAAAAGCCCUGGGUCAAAAUUGGCCCCGCCCGGGGGGUCAUUGAUUUUCCCUAUAUGCAUAUAGUAAACACUUAAAAAAUCUUCCUUUAAAGAACUGUAAGAGCUAGAGCUUAGAUAUUUGGCAUGAAACAUCUUCUAGUGAAUGUCUACCAAGUUUGUUCAAAUAAAAGCCCUGGGGUCAAAAUUGGCCCCGCCCCAGGGGGGUCAUUGAUUUUCCCUAUAUGCAUAAAGUAAAAACUUAAAAAAUCUUCUUUUAAACAACCCAAAGAGCUAGAGCUUAGAUAUUUGGCAUGAAACAUCUUCUAGUGAAUGUCUACCAAGUUUGUUCAAAUAAAAGCCCUGGGGUCAAAAUUGGCCCCGCCCUGGGGGGUAAUUGAUUUUCCCUAUAUGCAUAUAGUUUAAACUUAAAAAAUCUUCUUUUAAAGAACCGUAAGAGCUAGAGCUUAGAUAUUUGGCAUAAAACAUCUUCUAGUAAAUGUCUACCAAGUUUGUUCAAAUAAAAGCCCUGGGGUCAAAAUUGGCCCCGCCCCAGGGGGUCAUUGAUUUUCCCUAUAUGCAUAUAGUAAAAACUUAAAAAAUCUUCUUUUAAAGAACUGUAAGAGCUAAAGCUUAUAUAUUUGGCAUGAAACAUCUUCUAGUGAAUGUCUACCAAGUUUGUUCAAAUAAAACCCCUGGGGUCCAAAUUGGCCCCUCCCCAGGGGUCAUUGAUUUUCCUUAUAUGCAUAUAGUAAAAACUUAUAAAAUCUUCUUUUAAAGAACCCAAAGAGCUAGAGCUAAGAUAUUUAGCAUGAGACAUGUUCUAAUGGGUGUCUACCAAGUAUGUUCAAAUAAAAGCCCUGGGGUCAAAACUGGCCCCGCCCUGGGGUCAUUGAUUUUCCUUAUAUACAUAGCAAAAACUUAAAAAUCUUCUUUAAAAAAACCCAAAUAACUAGAGUUUAGAUAUUAAGCAUGAAACAUCUUUAAGUAAAUAUCUACAAAGUUUGUUCAAAUAAAAGCCCAGGGGUCAAAACUGGCCCUGCCCGAGGGGUGUCAUUGUUUUUUACUCUAUGUGUAUAGUAAAAACUUAAAAAAUCUUCUUUUAAAAAACCCAAUGAGCUAGAA